CUCCGCCGGGCCCUGGAGUCACUCCCUAGAGCCACUUCCGCCCAGGGCGGGGCCCAGGCCACGCCCACUGGCAAGACCGCGCCGGAGGCUCCCGGAGACGGCGGAUUCUUACCCCUGCUGUCGGAACUCGAAAAGCUCUCCGCUUGGCAGGUGUCGGGUGACCUGCUGAUCUUCCCGAAAAUGAUGGCGUUUUGCGCGCUGCGCAAGGCCCUUCCCUGCCGUCCCGAGAAUCCCUUUUCUUCGAGGUGCUUCGUUGAGAUUCUUUCGGUGGCCCUAGUGUUCCUGCUUCCCAUGUCCUCAGAUGCCUGUGAUGAGCCACCGAAGUUUGAAAGCAUGAGGCCCAAAGUUUUGUCUAAUACCAGUUACCGGCCCGGAGACAGUGUAGAGUAUGAAUGUCGCCCCGGGUUCCAGCCCAUGGUUCCUGCGCUUCCCACCUUUUCCGUCUGUCAGGACGAUAAUACAUGGUCACCCCUCCAGGAGGCUUGUAGAAGAAAAUCCUGUUCGAGUCUACCAGACCCAUCAAAUGGCCAAGUUAGUUACCCAAAUGGGGAUACUCUGUUUGGUUCGAAGGCUCAGUUUACCUGUAACAGUGGUUUUUACAUAAUUGGAGCCGAGACUGUGUAUUGUCAGGUUUCUGGGAAUGGUAUGGCCUGGAGUGACCCCCCCCCGAUAUGUGAGAAGAUUUUGUGUAAACCACCUGGCGAUAUUCCAAAUGGAAAAUACACCAAUAGCCAUAAGGAUGUAUUUGAAUACAAUGAAGUAGUAACUUACAGUUGUCUUUCUUCAACUGGACCAGAUGAAUUUUCACUUAUUGGAGAGAGCAGCCUUUUUUGUAUUGGGAAGGACAAGUGGAGUAGUGACCCCCCUGAGUGUAAAGUGGUCAAAUGUCCAUAUCCAGUAGUCCCAAAUGGAGAAAUUGUAUCAGGAUUUGGAUCAAAAUUUUACUACAAAGCAGAGGUUAUAUUUAAAUGCAAUGCUGGUUUUACCCUUCAUGGCAGAGACACAGUUGUCUGCAGUGCAAACAGCAUGUGGGAGCCUGAGAUGCCCCAAUGUAUCAAAGAGUCAACUCCUCCUAUUACCCAACCUCCAACUCCUAGUGUCUCAGAGUCAACUCCUCCUAUUACCCAACCUCCAACUCCUAGUGUCUCAGAUUCCAAGCCUACUGGUACACCUGCAACCCCAGGACCAAGCCAUCCAGGACCUCCCAGUCCCAGUGAUGCAUCACCACCUAAAGAUGCUGAGAGUUUAGGUGGAGGAAUCAUCGCUGCAAUUGUUGUGGGCCUCUUUGGCAUUGCAGUAGUUGCUGCUGUUGGUAUAUGCCUUUAUCGUCAUAAAUGCAAGAAAAGGUCGAAGUAAAACUGAUGUGCUUAAAGUAAAAGUUGCUGAGAGGGAAAACAGAGAUUAGUGCUUCAUACAGCACCUACCAGGAUAAAGCAGCCACUCCAGCAGAAUAGACGGACUAAAUGACUUCCACAAACCCUUGAAAAUGAAGGAAAUGUCAGCAUUUGAGAGAAAGAUCUUGAGGAGCUAGGUCCUCCUUUUUUCACAUGGAAAAGACAAGUUCUGUAUGACCUCACAUGUGGAAUCAAAAAAGUUUUUCUAUGGCAAAGGAGAUCGGCUUGAAGGGGUGGGGACGGGGGAGGGGGUGGUUGGGGAAGGACUGAGUGAAGGCGGGCAGAAGACAUACACCUUUUACACUUUCUCACCUGUAAGAUAAACAGGGACUGAGAGGGACUGCACAGCUUAGUGACUCCAGUUUGCGAGUGAUACUGUAUAUUGGCCGGUUGCUAGGACCGCAGAUACUUAAAUCUGUAAUCAGCUAGAAGAAAACCAGGUCUGUGUAGGUCUGUGCAGUGAUGGAUGGUAACUAAACUUUAAUUGUGAUCAUUUUACAAUAAGACAUUAUCAAAUCCUGCUGUACAGCUGAAGCUUACACAAUGCUGUAUGUCAAACAUGUCUCAGUACUGAAAGAAAAAAAAUCUGUAACAAUUAUUUCCUGGCUUCUCACAGUAUCAGGAGUAGAACUGCUAAACUGUAAUGCUGACAUUUUACUGGGGCUGGAGUGUGGCCCUUUGUGCUUCUUUGAAACGUGUAUGAAUUUAGGUUUGAACCUCUUGUUUUCCGUUAAGUGACACUUGUAUUUGCAGGGCAAGCCAACACAGUAUCCCCGGGUGUUAGGGUGGGCAAAUAUUGCUUCUCUGCAGUCUUUGAACUCAGAGAAAUGGCAUUCAAGAUGAUGAUAUUUACAUUUCAUUUGUAAAGAAAGCGAUGUUGAAAAUUUUUCUGUUCAAAGGUUCAUGCCAGCUCUUCAGGUUCAUUCAUCUACAGUCCUAAAAAUGUCUUUUACGUAUGUGUGUACACUUCUUUUUACAAAUGUGUGUGUGCACUGCUUCAGCUCUUAGUAAAAAUAAGAAUACUGAACACUGAGAAUUUAAACACAUUUGUCUUCCUGAUAAUGAUUAUCGGAAAAUACUCUUAAUGGGGUAAAACUGUAUUUAAAAAGUUAUUUGUAUCUUCUUGGCGACUGAGAGAAGCUAUAAAGUGUAUACAUGGCAGUCACCCUUUUCAAUAGUAGGAAGGCAGUCUCAAGUAAUCAAAAAGAACUCAGCGUCCGUUCCAGGCUUCUAGAAACAGUUGGAGGGCUCUAACACGCACAGCAAGAGUGCCGGCCGAGUCCAAAGCGGCCUCCAGUUCUCCUCAAGAGAAUCCCACUCUUUAGAGGAUGAGAAAUCCACUCUAAAUUCUGGCCAUCGGUGGCCUUCCCUCCCAACUUGAAUAGGCGUCUCGUAGGGAAAAACGUGUCACCCACGGGUAGGCAGUUAAUGUAGAGAAAGUUCAUCAGAGCAGGUCACGUCGCCGCGUCCGUAAAGCACAGAGUGAAAGUGAAGCCACGUGUUUCAGAAGAGCAAACUUACCUCUGUGGCUCCCCUGCCGCCCAUGCAAAGGGAGGAAAAGAGCCAACAGCCCAGGUGGCUCUUGAUGUUCAGGUGACACAGAUCCCGGCCCUCUCCUCUGUCCUCACACCUGGCAGGGACUCUUUCCAAAGAGCCAGAGGCCGAAGAGGAUGGCCUGCCCUUCCAAUUCAGCUAAAACUCUUGCAUCUACGCUUUUAUAGUUAGUAGCUCAGGUUGGGCCAGAGAAGCGUUGCCUCGAGAGAGGAAUGAGGAAUCAAGCGUGGAACCAGGGGAAAAUGAUGUGACCCUCUAAGGACGUGUUUCUAAGACGCUGUAAGUGUUGCUUCUCUUUGCAAGGAUUCUGCAUUAACCAUCAAGUAGUAGUUUGGACCUGUUUUCACAUACUUUUCAAGGAUGUAGCACUUUCUUGGAAGCAAGGGAUGUGGCUGUCGUUCUUAUUUCUUCAAAACCCUUCAAGGAGUGUUUGCAACCAAAGAUGUGCACUUACCAAAACAGACUUUCGUAGUUUCCACUUCGGAUUCAGUCUUUCCACUUUAUUUAUAUGUGAGACUGAAAUGGGUGUGUAAAUAUAUAUGAUGUUCUGCUUGUCAAACCAUUUGUCACUUACCUAAACAUAUGGGGAAACCACUGUUCUCUAGAAAUGUAGAGGGAAAAAAGUGUAUUUGAAUUUAAAGGGCUCGUAAACCUGCAGGAAUAUAUGCGUACUAGAUGGAUAUGUGCUAUGUAUUAUUGUAAAUUUUGUGAAAGUUGUAUCUUCUCACCUGCUAUAAAAGACGUACUUUCAGAGCA